UUGAUUCAACCCGUGGAGAGAGGGGUUAAAGGCGGUGCUCUAGUUUUAGAUGUUGAUAGGUAGGGGUAGGGUUUUGGCUUUUUCAGUGACUUUGUGAGCUCGGCUUUUCAGCGAGGGCCUUGGUGUUUUGCGUAGAUUGGAUCGGUCGCUGAAGCUCUAAUUCUGGUUUUGAUUUCUGAUCGAAGGAAAUAUAGGAACUGGUAGGUGGGGAGAACAGGGAUUGCGGACCGGUAGAUGAUAGUUGAGCUCAAACCUUGGACAGGAAGGGCAAUUCAUUGAAUUCUUUUGGAUUCCGACACUAGAACUGAAAAAAAGGACCCGGAAUUCCAGAUUCAACCUUAGUUUGAUUUUCCAAGAACUGUAGAAUUUUGGAAGGUAUGCCUGUCGAGUUGGACAAUACGUCCGCCAUGACUGUUUCUACGGUUUCCGGGGAAGCUAGUGUCUCUUCUUCUGGUAACCAAGUGGCACCACCGCCGACAACCACGACGAAGAAGAAGCGGAACCUCCCUGGAAUGCCAGAUCCGGACGCUGAGGUAAUUGCCUUGUCGCCGAAAACUCUAAUGGCGACGAACCGGUUCGUCUGUGAGAUCUGCAGCAAAGGAUUUCAGCGCGACCAGAAUCUGCAGCUACACCGCCGUGGUCAUAACCUUCCUUGGAAGCUUCGGCAGCGAUCGAGCAACGAGGUCCGUAAGCGUGUUUAUGUCUGCCCCGAGCCUUCAUGCGUUCACCAUGAUCCUUCGAGAGCUCUGGGCGAUCUCACGGGGAUUAAAAAACAUUACUGUCGGAAGCACGGCGAGAAGAAAUGGAAAUGCGAUAAGUGUUCGAAGAAAUACGCUGUUCAGUCCGAUUGGAAGGCGCAUUCGAAGACUUGUGGAACCAGAGAGUACAGAUGCGAUUGUGGAACUUUGUUUUCAAGGAGGGAUAGCUUCAUCACUCAUAGAGCUUUUUGCGAUGCCUUAGCGGAGGAGAGCGCGAGAGCUCAUCCCGUUGCGAAUUCGAAAUCAGAAGAAGAGCCCAAGCGUCAGAUCGUUGCCUCUUCGCCUCCGCAUUCUUCUGUUGUCGUGUCUGCUGUUUUGCCUAUUCAAAAUCCAGAUUUACCAGGAAAUUCAAUUGAUAUGAUAAAGCACAUCCCGCCGUCCACCUGCUUAAACGGGAGCAGUGGUAACAGCAGCAACAGCUCUUGCACUUCUACCAGCAAUGGCAGUACCACUACUAGUGUUUUUGCAAGUCUAUUCGCAUCAUCGUCAGAUUUGAUAUGCGCCAUGGCAAGAUCGGAGCGUUCGACAGCGCUAGCAACAGUCUCAGCCGCAGAGCCUACUUCUCUCUGCCUAUCGUCCAACGGCGGAGGUUCCACAAUCUUUGGUACAACGUUGGGGACGGAACGCCGGCAAUACACAAUGCCUUCGUCACCAGCUAUGUCUGCCACAGCAUUACUCCAGAAGGCUGCACAGAUGGGGGCGGCUGCUACUAACUCCUCGUUCCUCCGAGGGUUGGGGUUGACCUCUUCGUCGUCGUCUGGGCAACAAGAGGGAUUGCAGUGGAGUCGACACUUGGAAUCGGAGCCCGGAAGCUCCACCACGACAGCCGGUGGUGGUGGGGGACUCGGACUCGGACUCGGGCUUCCGUGCGAAGGGGGUAGAGCUUUGACGGAGUUAAUGAUGGGCCCGUCGUCUUUGUUUGGGCCAAAACCCACGACGCUGGACCUUCUGGGGCUGGGCAUUGGGGUUGGUGGUGGUUCUCCCACUGGUGGAUUCUCUGCUCUGAUGACGUCAAUAGGAGGUGGCGGAUUAGACGUUGCCGCUGCGGCCGCCACGUUUGGGGGAGGGAAUUCUGCAGGGAAGACGUGGAGGCCUGAAGCCACGGAGAGAAAGCCUAGUGGCGCUGCCCCUGCACCAGCCCUGUUGUAGACAAAAUGUAGUUGUUUAUACGAGUGGGUGCGUUUUCGUCUACGUUUUACGAAUUGCUUUGUAAAGAGAAGCCAAGAAAUUCUGUGCAGCUUUAAUUAGGGUAUGUGUAGUAGUAGUCUACUAGUAGUACUAGCGUAGCAG